AUCUAGUUACAAAAAUUUCGUACUAGUUAAUGAUGUUGAAUGUUAUCUAAUCCAACCUGUCAAAAGCCAAAGCGUACAAAAAUGAAACUACCAACUACUUCUAAAUUUCCUCUUUGAAGUUUGACCUAGUACUUUAUGAUAUAUAUAUACAAAAGAUACGUGACAUAGUAAAACAAAAGAUAUAUAUACAUGCAUACAAUCAUCCUUCUUCAACACCUCCAAAUUAACUCUCACUCCAAUCUUCAAGAGAAAACCUUCCCAAAAAAGGAAACUUAUAAGAUGAAGAAUCAAACCAUAGGUAGUCUUCUCUUGAUACUCUCCUGCCUCCUCAUCGCCACCCCUUCUCCCACACACGCAAGAAAAUUCCCCGACGCCACCGCCACCGCCGCCUCCGCCGGUAAAGCAUGGGUCCGUACCAUCGUGAGAGGAAGCGAGAACAUAACACAGCUCCAUUUCUACGUCCACGACGUACGAGCCGGCGCGAACGCCACCUUGUACGGCGUCGCUAACGCCUCCAUCACCGCCACCUCCCCCACCAGCUUCGGCCAGGUCAACGUCUUCGACGACCUCGUCACGGCGGAGCCGGACAUCGCCGGCGCGGAGGUCGCGAGGGCGCAGGGGACCACCGCCUCCGCCGGCCUCGAAGACCGGGCCGUCGCCAUCAGCAUGAACUUCUACAUAACGUCGGGGGAGUUCGCCGGGAGCACGGUGAGCAUCGCCGGCAGAAAUCCGGUUACGGAGGCGUCGCGCGAGCUGCCGGUGAUAGGCGGCACGGGCGCCUUCCGAUACGCCCGCGGAUACGCCGUUACGACGACUUAUUUGAACGAUGCAGAGACGAAUUAUAGUGUUCUCGAGUACACGGUUUACGUGAGUUACUCCAACGUGGCACUGUGGAUGGACAUGUGAAACAACUGAUCGGUAUUGAUGUGGGUGGAGUUUGGGUCUCAUUAUAAAUGUGUCGAAGGAAAUAAAAUAUUAUAUGAAUCCUAUUGUUAUAAAUAGAAAUGAAAAUAAUAUUGUGGACGUACAAAAA